GCGAGUCCGAGCCGAGUCUGACGUCACGCGCACCUGCUCAGGCACAUCAAAAAUGUGAGAGAUGUGACCACAGCUGUCACGACGUGUGACAUCAAUCCUUGUUUCCUGCGGUCAUGUCAAGUUCAUCCUCCCAAGACGACGGUCGACGUCUGCAGAGGGCGACUGGCGCUAGGCAGCUGACCCGGAGAAACUCGUCUUUUCUCAAUUCCGUCAAGAAUUACGUGCCAAAACCGCUUGCCCGCUUUUUUAGCGGGUCCGAAGAGUUUGAUGACUCCAAGGAUGAGAUGGGCAAGCGGAGACGCCUCGACGGCCAGCAAAACGAGCCAGUCGAUGGCUACGAUGAUGGGCCUGCUCCGCCAAAGCGUCUGAGGCUCCGUAGUCCGGAUAGAGCGGCAUCGCAGCCUCCACCGCAUACGGCAAGCGGUCAAAGCGGCUAUCUCGACCCACCCAGCUCUGCAUUCCAAUCUUUCUUUCACCCCUCUUAUUUAUCAAACGACCCUUCCAAUCGUUCAUCCUCACUUACGCUACCCGCGACCACUACUUCUGAUAUUCCCCGUAAUGAGCCUCGCACUACUCUGUCUCCCUUGCGAAACCAGUUUAGCCGUACCAUGUCCAUCGAUCCACCUCAGAAUCCAAUCACUCGACGCCUUUCUCGUGACGUUACCAUGAAAAGUGUCGUCUUGCCGCCCUUGCAUGAUGCUGCUGCUGCUCGAGAUAUGUCUACGGAAUCAGCGUCAGGCUCGUUUUUGCGUUCAUCCGUAUCCCAACCUCGCGAUACCUCUCUUCCUCUUGGAUUUCGUAUCCGCACUUCAGUCACGCCCCAGCCUGUGCGCGAUAGUUCUGAACCUCCCACAAUCUCAUCUCUUGGCUCCAAACCCGUUUUCGUCCGUGGUCCUGCUCCAGAGGCGAGCAAGCCCCAGGCCACUCUGGGCUCACUUGUCGAUACCCAGAGAAGAACUCAGUCUCCUGUGCGCCAGCAUAGUUCCAGUUCUCUUCUUUUUGGCUCUCAGUCAACGUCCGUGAAAGCCCCUCGUCCAGCAACCGUCGCAGAGCGUACCCUACAUGAGUUGGAUGUAUACAGAACCCCCCUUAAGCCGUCACGUCUCCGAGAAAACAGCACCCUCACAUUAUCUCCCGGGGAUGCUACAGAUAUGUUCUCUCGCAAGAAGUCCUAUCAGCGAAUGCCCGGAGGACGUACUGCCAAGGCAAAGGUAGCUAACCACACCAAGCCAUAUGCAGGUGACGCGGGCAUUAAAAAGCAUCUUGCGCGAAGCAGGAACGCCAACGUUGAAGAAGAAACUGCGUCAUCUAAGGGCGAGUUGAACGGUGAUGUAUCCAUGAAUGAAGACCGACCUUCGAGUGAAACCCUUCCAGAGAUCAACAAGGAUCGGGAAGAGCUCAAGUUGCCAGACAGUCAGCCAAAGACUUCUAAGGCAACAGAGAAGCAGUCAACAAUGCCUUCCAGCUCGUCGCUUCGAGUCGGUCGUACCUUUACUUCACGCAACCAUAUCGAUCGUCCUUCUCGGCCAGGAAAACACGGGUUUUCUGCGGUUUAUGAUGAUGGUGAGGAAGAGAGGCGGGAGGAAGAAUCCAAGAAAGAAAGGGAGAUGAUGGAAGAGGCAGCAAAACAUGUACCUAUGUUCAACAUCCCAGCUGGGUUUAAUUUUGCUAAAGAUACCGACAAAUCUCCAGAUGUUGCGUCGGACUCGUCGAAAGCCAAGGAGCCACCCAUUCCAUCACUACCCUUUUCGAUAUCCUCUUUCCAAUCCAGUACCCCCUCGGUGUUAUCCGCUGCCUCUUCUAACGGUUCAAAAGCUGACUCCACUACGGCUUCCCCCUUUACGCCACCGGCUCCCCCAGCUCCCGUUCCUGAUAUCCUUCCGAAGGUCGACUCUCUGUCUGCGAUUUCAUCGACGACCGAAAUUCUGCCGAAGACCAAUGGUGGCAUCCCGGAUUUCUUUGCUACAAGCAAGACUCUAGCCCCGACCCCUUUGGUGGUGCCACCGAUGACAUUGACAGCGGCGGCAGCCUCCGCGCCUACCUCUUUGCCGUUCAGUCUAACGCCGCAACAGUCCGCCGGCCGCCACGCCGGCUCCGUCUGCUCCGGUUCGUGAUGCCGACAAUACCCUUUGGAACGGAGGCAAGAAGGAGGACAUUGUAGGGAAACCCCCUGCUCCUAGCUCAGAUACCAAGGGGGGCGGUACAGGGACAACCACACCGUUCGCCUCUUUCGGGUCUGCCAAACUGGAUGACGGACUUCAGGCAUCCACUCCUGCCGCCACUCCUGCCGAGAGCUCAUUCAAACCUCCAUCGUUCUCUUUCGCCAAUGGUGCUACCCCGGAAAGUUCCGGUGCUGCGGAGCCAACCCUAGCGCCGCCCUUGUUUAGCAUUGAACCUGCGAA